UGCACACCACCACCUCCUCCGAUUUCCCAUCCGACAACCCAAAGCUCGAGCUCACCACGCUCGCUACCCCGCUCGCCAGGAAGAGGCAGGAUAUAAGCACGGUCCUCAGGCCGGUGGACGCGAAUCUGGAUCGAGACGGGCGAAGAGCGCUCAUCGAACGGUUGCGAGAGAAAAAUAGGGGGAAGGCGCUGGGCAAGGACAACGGGCCGGGGGCCGCUGUUGAGGACGAAAUUACGACGACCAUCACGACUGCUGCUGCGACUGCGACUGCGAACACGGCUACAAGGGCUGAACUGAAGGCAUUUGGAAAUAGACGAGAGCUUGCGGUGAACUCCAGCAGAGGCGACAUGUCACUCUUAACCGAACGGCAGAAGGAGGAGCUCCACCUCUCCAUCCUUGACUACCUCCACUCCUCUGGUCUUGAGCAAGCAUACGAUGCUCUCCGCUCCGAGCUGGGAUUGGACCAUAUCCCCGAUCCGAAAGCACGGACAGCUGGUCUGUUAGAGAAGAAGUGGGGAAGUGUGAUUCGGUUGCAGAAGAAAAUCAUGGACUUGGAGAACAAGAACUCGGCUUUGCAGGAGGAGAUUGCCCUCGCCCCCAGUGCGCGCCGGAAUGCUUCCCAAACGGAUUGGCUCCCUCGCACUCCCGCACGUCAUACCCUCACCGGCCACCGCGGACCUAUCAACCGUGUUGCCUUUCACCCUGUUCAUACUGUGGUAGCGACCGCGAGCGAGGAUGCCACUGUUAAGCUAUGGGAUUGGGAAACAGGCGAGUUUGAGAGGACGUUGAAGGGGCAUACAAAGGCCGUUCAGGACAUGGAGUUUGAUAGCAAGGGGACGAAGCUAGUGACAUGCUCCUCCGACUUGAGCAUCAAGAUCUGGGACUGCGAAGCCGAGUACAAGAACACAAAGUCCCUCGUCGAUCAUGAUCACGCCGUGUCCUCCGCCCGCUUCCUACCCGGGGACGACCACAUCGUGAGUGCUAGUCGGGACAGAACGAUCAAGAUGUGGGACGUCGCGAGAGGAUUUUGCGUGAGGACGUUCCAUGGGCAUGCGGAGUGGGUCAGGCUUGUCAUACCCAGUGAAGAUGGGAAAUUGCUUGCUAGCUGCUCUAACGAUCAAACCGCGCGUAUCUGGGACCCAGCGACAGGAGAGGUCAAGUCCGAACUGAGAGGACACGAACACGUCGUUGAAUCCCUCACUUUCGCCCCGCCAGCUUCAUACGCCGCCAUCCGCGAGCUGUGCUCUCUCUCUGGCCCAGCACCCAAGGGCCCCGGCGCGUACCUAGCAACUGCCUCGCGGGACAAGAGCAUCAAGCUAUGGGACGUCUCUUCUGGUCAGCUACUGCGCACGUUUGGGGGGCACGACAACUGGGUACGCGCUCUCGUCUUUCACCCGAAUGGGAAAUACCUCCUCUCGGGGAGCGAUGACAAGACGCUCCGGGUGUGGGACCUCAAGACAGGCCGGUGUGCGAGGACCGUCGAGGCUCAUUCGCACUUUGUACAGUGUCUCGCUUGGGGAAGGGCUAAAGUGAGCGGAGGGGACGGGGGAGAGGAGAGGCCGGUUAAUGUCAUCGCAACCGGGAGCGUGGAUCAGAGCGCGAAGAUCUGGACGCCGUGAGGUACCAAUACCCACCGCUAUUCCGACAGGGAUGAACACGGAAUACCGAUGCAUGAUAAGGCCAGCCGCGAGGAGAUGAAUGAAGAACACAGAGGCUGAUCUGGCUCAUCGCUUUCCAUAGUACAAUCAUAAUGUAGAUCAGGACUUCGGUCCUGUAGCACGUUCAUUCAACAUCAUCCAGCAAGGAGCAGAGCACUCCCAUCCAUUCAUUCCGGGCGCAUACGUCCGUUUCAAUCCAUAUUUACUCACUUUCAUGAUCCAACUCCUUCCUUCCUUCCCCUUCGUUGGUGUGCUCCACGGUGUGUCUGUAGAAAUGUCUUCCUUCAGAAAAUCCUUAUCUCGCAGCAGCACAAGAUAUCCUUCGCUUUAUUCCCACCCAAGCAGAAGACCAAGAGAAUUACGCUGCUGUAUUUAUUGUAGUCAUAAUCGGUCUACGAUAGG